AUACUCAGCUAUCAUUUGCUGCCGGUAAAGUCAGUCUCUGAUCUACAGUACAAACCAUCUGUUACUGUUAUUUUGAGAUCGAAAGAGAGACACUCGAGAAACACAGACCAUUACAUCUAAUCUUUUCCCCACUACAACUUACAAAACUGACUUGUAGAUGGUCUGUUAAUGAUAAACAAUUCUAAAUAAUCUCUGAAUUCCAAUGCGCCUGGAAAAUGCAAAAUCAAAAUCGCAAUGUCUGUCACACCUCUCUCCGCAAUUACAUCAUCACCGUGUUCAGACGCCACGCACGUUUUACGCACAUGCGCACGAACAGGUUGAAAGUAGGAAGACUUCAGGAUGAGAGAUAGCAUCCAAGAUAGAAACAUUGCAUGUAUUCCAUAAACGCCACACUGAGACUCCAACCCUGGAAAUCGGAUAGGCUGUACCCGGGAACAGCCAGCACUUAUGGUACCCUGGUAGUCUGUCCGGAGGCUGGAAACUGUGCUUUUGGCCGGCGGAUGCUAACCAAGUGAGGAGAGGUUGUUGGCAGGUGGAGGUGUUGGUGUUGCUCUUCUUGUUGUUGUCAAGUUGGGUCCUUCAGCAUGUCGGUGUAUACAGAGUUCAUGCCCCCGCCGGAGUGUCCUGUCUUUGAGCCCAGUUGGGAGGAUUUUUCUGAUCCCCUUGUGUUUGUCAGCAAGAUCCGACCGAUCGCCGUGGAGACUGGGAUUUGCAAGAUUCGACCCCCAAGGGACUGGCAACCACCCUUUGCAUGUGAUGUCAAGAAUUUCCAUUUUACUCCAAGAGUCCAGCGUCUGAAUGAGCUUGAGGCACUGACUCGAGUGAAGUUUAAUUUUUUGGAUCAGCUUUCAAAGUUUUGGGAACUUCAAGGAUCAUCUUUGAAAAUCCCGCAUGUAGAAAGGAAGCUCUUGGAUCUGUAUGUGCUGAGCAAGAUUGUUGCCAGUGAAGGUGGGUUUGAAGUUGUUACCAAGGAGAAGAAAUGGGCAAAGGUUACCAGUCGCAUGAAUUAUCAACCUGGAAAAGGCACUGGAUCAUUGCUUAAGUCUCAUUACGAAAGGCUGCUCUACCCAUAUGAGUUGUUUCAGUCAGGAGCUAGCCUCUCGGGGAUUCAGAAGCCAAACUUUGUUAUUGAAGAGAAAGUGGAACUGAGUGAAGCCACUGAAACCCCUCGCUCAUUGAAUCAGGCAUCAAGGAUGAACUUUUCAAGCAAACGUGUAAAACGCAUGAAGUCGCAGGUAGGCGUUGAAAUCAGUAAACAUUCGGAGCUGAAAAAAUUACAGAUCUUUGGGGCAGGACCUAAAAUGACUGGAUUGACAGUGAAAACAAAGUCAAAAGAAGAUGAGCCCUUUAAACGACACAGAGGUUCAAAGUCUGUCAGCUUGGGCAUGCAGAUGAGGAACCGGAAGGGUGCACUUACAGUUAAAUUUAUUGAUAUGUAUGUAUGCUUAGUAUGUAACUCUGGCGAUGAUGAGGACAGACUUCUACUUUGUGAUGGAUGUGAUGAUAGUUACCACACCUUUUGUUUAAUUCCUCCUUUACACGAUGUGCCCAAAGGAGACUGGAGGUGUCCCAAAUGUCUUACUGAGGAGUGCAGCAAACCUCAUGAGGCUUUUGGAUUUGAACAAGCUGUCCGGGAGUAUACCCUCCAGAGCUUUGGAGAGAUGGCAGACAAUUUCAAAUCAGAUUAUUUUAACAUGCCAGUUCAUAUGGUACCAACAGAGCUGGUGGAAAAGGAAUUCUGGCGACUUGUCAGCAGCAUUGAGGAAGAUGUCAUUGUAGAGUAUGGAGCAGAUAUUUCUUCCAAGGACUUUGGCAGUGGAUUUCCUGUUAAAGAUGGUACAAGAAAGCUCUUGCCCGAAGAAGAGGAAUAUGCUAAUUCGGGCUGGAACCUGAACAACCUUCCAGGGCUGGAGCAGUCUGUACUUGCUCAUAUAAACGCUGAUAUAUCAGGCAUGAAAGUCCCAUGGCUUUAUGUUGGGAUGUGUUUUUCUUCCUUCUGUUGGCAUAUUGAGGACCACUGGAGCUACUCUAUCAAUUACUUGCACUGGGGUGAACCUAAGACAUGGUAUGGUGUCCCAGGACAUGCGGCUGAGCAGCUGGAAGAAGUGAUGAAAAAAUUGGCUCCUGAGCUCUUCGAAAUACAGCCUGAUCUGCUUCAUCAGCUGGUUACCAUUAUGAAUCCCAACAUCCUAAUGGAGCAUGGAGUGCCUGUCUUUAGGACAAAUCAAUGUGCGGGUGAGUUUGUGGUUACCUUCCCUAGAGCUUAUCAUACUGGAUUCAACCAAGGCUAUAACUUUGCAGAGGCUGUGAACUUCUGUACAGCUGAUUGGCUUCCACUGGGUCGUCAGUGUAUAAGUCAUUAUCGACGCCAACAGCGGUACUGUGUAUUUUCUCAUGAAGAGCUUGUCUUCAAAAUGGCAGCUGAUCCAGAGAGCCUGGAUGUGGAGCUGGCAGCAGUGGUGUACAAGGAACUGCUAGUGAUGAUAGAGGAAGAGACCCGAGUGAGGGAGUCGGUUACUCAGAUGGGUGUGACAAUGUCAGAACAAGAAGUGUUUGAGCUGGUACCAGAUGACGAACGACAGUGUGAGAUCUGCAAAACCACAUGCUUCCUGUCAGCCUUGACAUGCACAUGCAAACGGGACAGACUGGUAUGCUUGUACCAUGCUGUUGACUUGUGCCAGUGCCCUGCUCAAAAGAAAUGUCUUCGGUACCGGUAUUCUUUGGAUGACUUACCUUCUAUGGUAUGUGGAGUGAAAGUUCGGGCCCAAUCCUACGACACCUGGGUCAACAGGGUGACAGAAACACUUGAGGCUGACUUAAAUCACAAGAAGGAGCUAAUAGAACUAAAGGUUAUGUUAGAAGAUGCAGAGGACAGAAAGUAUCCAGAAAAUGCUCUUUAUCGAAAACUGAAGGAGUCCGUAAAGGAAGCAGAAAUGUGUUCUUCAGUUGCACAGCUGCUGUUGAGCAAAAAGCAGAGGCACAAGUUACGCCCUGAGACUGGGAAGGCACGGACCAAGUUAACAAUGGAGGAACUAAAAGCAUUUGUUGAACAGCUCUAUAGUCUGCCAUGUGUUAUUAGUCAGGCCAGGCAAGUUAAGAACUUGUUGGAGGAUGUUGAAGAAUUUCAUGAGCGAAGUCAGGAAGCACUUAUGGAUGAGACUCCAGAUUCUUCCAAGUUACAAGGUCUGAUCGACAUGGGUAUAGGUCUUUAUGUUGAGUUACCAGAGCUUCCCCGGCUCAAACAAGAACUACAGCAAGCACGUUGGCUGGAUGAGGUGCGCCUGACCCUUUCCAACCCUAAUCGAGUCACCUUAGAUGUAAUGAAAAAACUGAUAGACUCAGGUGUGGGCCUUGCACCCCAUCCCGCAGUUGAAAAGGCCAUGGCUGAAUUGCAGGAACUCCUUACAGUGUCAGAACGAUGGGAGGAGAAAGCAAGAGUCUCUCUGCAGGCCAGACCAAAACAUGGCAUGCUUACCCUUGAAAGCAUUGUAAAUGAAGCCAAAGCAAUCCCUGCAUAUCUUCCCAAUGUGCUGGCUUUGAAAGAGGCACUUCAGAAAGCCAAAGACUGGACCUCAAAAGUGGAGGCCAUUCAGAAUGGUACCAACUAUGCAUACCUGGAACAACUGGAAAAUCUGCUGGUCAGAGGACGCACAGUCUCUGUACGCUUAGAUUGUCUACCGCAAGUAGAAACUCAGGUAGCUGCAGCACGAGCAUGGAGAGAGAGAACUGGCAGAACAUUUUUGAAAAAGAAUUCUACUUAUACACUACUACAGGUGCUGAGCCCCAGGACAGACAUUGGUGUAUAUGGCAGCAGCAAAAGCAAAAGGAAAAAAGUGAAAGAGCUUCUGGAGAAAGAGCGAGACCUAGAACUGGAAAAUGUCAGCGAAAUAGAGGAGACACCUGAAGAUGUCAAAGACCCUGCUUCUGUUGUAGCUAACUUCAGAGCAAUGGAACAAAAAGAAGUAGAAGCCAUGCAUUCACUUAGAGCAGCUAACUUGGCCAAGAUGGCUAUGGUGGAUCGAAUAGAAGAAGUCAAGUUCUGCAUCUGCCGGAAAACUGCUGGAGGAUUUAUGCUUCAGUGUGAACUUUGCAAAGACUGGUUUCAUAACACCUGUGUGCCACUUCCAAAAACCAGCACACAAAAGAAGGGUUUGAACUGGCAAGCAAAGGAGGUCAAGUUUCUUUGCCCUCUCUGUAUGCGUUCUCGGAGGCCAAGGCUGGAAACUAUUCUUUCAUUGCUGGUUUCACUGCAGAAGCUUCCUGUACGAUUACCAGAAGGGGAGGCCCUGCAGUGCUUGACAGAACGUGCUAUGAGUUGGCAGGACAGAGCACGUCAGGCACUUGCUACAGAUGAGCUUUCAUCUGCUCUUGCCAAACUGUCUGUGCUGAGUCAACGCAUGGUGGAGCAGGCUGCAAGGGAGAAAACAGAAAAAAUCAUCAGUGCUGAACUACAGAAAGCUGCAGCUAACCCAGAUUUACAGGGUCACUUACCUAGUUUUCAGCAGUCUGCAUUUAAUCGUGUUAUGGGAAACAUGGCUUCACCCCGACGAACAUUAGACUAUGAUGAUGAGGAGACAGACUCUGAUGAAGAUAUAAGAGAAACAUAUGGAUAUGACAUUAAGGAUACUGCAAGUGUGAAAUCUUCAAGUAGCUUAGAGCCCAACCUGUUCUGUGAUGAGGAGAUUCCUAUCAAAUCUGAAGAAGUGGUGACACACAUGUGGUCUGCAGCUCCAUCUUUCUGUGCUGAACAUGCUUAUUCAUCUGCUUCCAAAUCCGCGUCACAAGGUUCUGGAACACCACGGAAGCAGCCACGAAAGACCCCAUUGGUACCCCGUAGCCUAGAGCCACCUGUCCUAGAACUCUCUCCAGGGGCAAAGGCUCAGCUGGAAGAUCUGAUGAUGGUUGGAGACUUGCUUGAGGUAUCCUUGGAUGAGACACAGCACAUCUGGAGAAUUUUACAAGCUACACAUCCACCUUCUGAAGAAAAGUUCCUGCAGGUUAUGGAGGAUGAUAGUGUGGAAGAGAAAUCAAUUAAGGUAAAGUUAAAAGACUCUUCAGAGAAAAAGCGAAAGCGGAAGUUAGAGAAAGCUGAAGUAUUGCUUGGGGAAGGGAAACAGAAGAGCAAAGAACUGAAAAAGCUAGAUAAACCAAAAAAGAAGAAACUGAAGUUGAAUCCAGAAAAAUCAAAAGAACUUAAAAUAUUGGCCAAAAAAUUGGCAAAGGAAGAAAAAGAGAAGAAAAAGAAGGAGAAGGCUGCAAAAGCAGAGAUUGCUAAAGACAUUGCCGAAAAGAAAAGAGAGAAAAAAGUACUGGACAUUCCAUCAAAGUAUGAUUGGUCAGGGGCUGAGGAUUCUGAUGAUGAGAAUGCAGUUUGUGCAGCCCAGAAUUGUCAGAGACCGUGCAAAGACAAGGUGGAUUGGGUUCAGUGUGAUGGAGGCUGUGAUGAAUGGUUUCACCAGGUGUGUGUAGGGGUUUCUGCAGAGAGGGCAGAGACAGAGGACUACAUAUGUACAAACUGUACAAGGAACCGGACUCCAGUCACAGGAAACAUGGGACGGCAGCCACUCCCAGUUCCUGUGCAGGACAUCAAAACAGAGGAUCAGAAAGAUGACAGCUAGCCAUAGAAAUGCUACCCUGGAUUAGUGGAAAGAACUGAAAUGUUUUCUUGAGCUGAAUGUAAUGAAGAUGCCCUGGCUAACCCAAUGUCGGCAACCCAUUUUCUCAUUUUAAGUUGCACUUGUGGUAGAAGUGGGAGCAUUAUUCUGUAGUGAAAUAUUCAACAGAAUGUUCUGAGUGCUGGAGAUCUUGAUAAUCUUGGUGGUUGAAACUGACAUUGAUUUGCUGCAUCCCUCUUGGAGCUGUGAUGCAUGUCUUGUUAAGGGAUGGAAGAACAGAUGAAAACAAGCCUAAGAUUACCAUGCUCCAAACCUCUCUGGAAUACUCCAUACUUUGUGAAAUUGCCAGGAUACACACUGGUUAAGAGUGCUGUUAAAACAUGGAAUUAAGCUGCUUACUCAGCUGUCUAAAGUUAUUGUAUUGGUGCUCUACCAUGUUCCUCAUACAUUACAGUGUACAAGUAUCUUUCAGUGCAUUUAAGUUAAAACUGAGGCAGUUAGGCACUCUAAUGUACUCUGCUAGUUGUGCAGAUGAGGUGCUACAGCCUGGAGUUCUUACACUUUAUGUAUGUAGUACUGAGCUGUUGAUGCCCAAACCUCUGCACAUUAGGGUGCUUGGAGAGGAGACGAGGAUUUCCAGGAGAGCUUCAAAACCAAAUGUGUCGAUAUUGUUGAACAGACGUGUUGGCCAACUGUUAGAUAUUGAUAAUCAGCUAUUUAAGCUGUUUUAUAAAUGUACAGUCUGCUCUGUGGUUAUUGCUGCCCCUCCCCACACAGACAUAUUCUCUCCUUAUAUUGUUAAACAGGACCUGAGAUCAGAAUUUGUGUUGAUGUUACUGAGGCCAGUGACCUACAUCAUAUUGUACUGCAGCAGUGUGGACUGCCAGAAGUUUUCACGCAGAAGAUACUUCUGCCUUACAGUUGCAUGAAUCACCAGAUUUUUUACCCAUAAAAGUUUUAUUUUUGUCCAAAGGAAA